AUGCCGAUAGUAUUUCCUCAUCUAUUUUCAGGUGGCAGAAAACCUUGGCGGAGAAUUCUGUUAUUUGGUCCUCCGGGCACAGGAAAAUCUCGCCUGGCCCAUGCUGUAUCAACAGAAGUCAGAGCCACAUUUUACUCUGUGUCCAGCACUGAUCUAAUAUCCAGCUGGGUAGGAGAGAUCGCAACUGAAACACUUACAAAUGUGCAGGUAAUAUUUAUUGACGAGAUCGACAGCCUGUGUCGACAUCGCAGUUCUCAAGAAGAUGAAGGCACCAGACGCAUGAAAACUGAACUGCUCAUACAAAUGGAUGGAGCUGAGAGGAAAAAUCAAGAGAAAAUAUUCCUUCUCUGUGCUACUAACUGUCCUUGGGAUCUAGACACUGCAUUUCUCAGGCGCUUUCAGAAGAGAAUUUAUAUUAAAUUACCAGACCACAAUUCUAGAAUAGAACUUAUGAAACUGCACUGCCAUGGUAGCAAGGUAGACAUGUCACAGUCCGACUGGGAACAACUAGCAUCUCAGACUGAUGGCUUCUCAGGGAGUGACCUCUCAACUUUGACCACUGGCGCCCUAAACCAUUUCACCAUAACCAAUCAAGCAAUGACGACUAGGGCCUGCCUCCACGUUAAUAGCAGCCCGCUAGUCCAGGAAAUGGUGAAACAGUUUAUCUGUUGA